CCAGGCUCCUCGUUCCCCCCCACCCCCAUUCCAGCAGUGCAGCCUCCCAAGGGUUUUCUAAGAAUGCAGGUGGGAGGAGCGCUCUCUGGGCCCAACUGGCCUUUAUCUUCAGCCUUCCACCCCCAGCCUUCCUGGAUAUAUACUAUAGAAGGCUUUCUCACAUUUAAAAUGCUCAUUGGGUAUACUCCCCAGUGUGUGUUCUGAUGCUGAGCAGGAAAAACAGUAGGAAGAAUAAGGGACUAUACACCUCUGGUGUUCCUAAGAGAAGUUUAGGAGAAAGAUAAGGAUUUGGGAAUCAUUAGCAUUUUGGUGGACACCUCAUAGUCUGUAAUCUUCGCUUCUCAUCUAUAGUCUUCGGUGAAAUUCAUAUGCACCUUUUCUUUUUGUAUUAAUGGUUCCUAGCAAUCAACCAAGCUGAGUAAGGACGACAGAGGCUCCUCUAAGGAGCCCUCCGUUGUGGGCGGUGGCCGCGGUGUCUUAUGGGGAAUGUAGUCCGGAAAAGCUUCGACCGCCCUUUGGAAAACCUGGGAAGGACGGCCCGGCGGACUCUUCUGCGCAUGUGGGGCCUCGGCUUUCUACGUGGGCGCGUCUGCUUGUUCUCUAGGCUUUUCCCGCGGCGGGUCCUGCAGCCUACGGGGCGCGGCGUUCCGUGGUCACCUGGGCCUGGUGAACUGGGAGCGAAGCGGGUGCACCCACAAGUUAAAUGACUGGCGGGGAGCUCCGAGCCCUCGGGGGCUGGAGGGGAAGUGGCUGGGCGGAGCUGGCCUCGGUCCUCGGAGAGUGGAUGCGCGCUCUCCCCGCAUCCCUCUCCAGGGAGGCCCGGAGCCGGGUUUCCCAUGGUCCCGGAGAAGGGGAGCGAGGGCCGGGCUCCUGACCUGCAGGCCUCAUGGCGGGCGCUCCCUGCAGCCCUUCAUUGCCUGAAGAAGGUGCUCUGUGGAGGUGCAAGGUUUGUACAUCCAAAUGGCUAAAAUCUGAUCCCCAAAGUUCCGCUGAGGCGCUUGGAUCUGCAGCCUGCUGGGCUGGGUUGAAGAAUACUGGAGGACGUUAGGGAAGGGAAGGAAUAUUUAUAGAAACAAAUACGGUAAUCAUUAUAUUAGUUACUUUAUACUAAGCAUUUAUUAAAAGAAAGAUGUGAGCUUCAGUUGAAGAGAAUGGCCAGGGUGUAGAUAUGACUGGAAAAGAUUUCAGGGGGCUGGCGCUGGGGGGUGUUGUCUGCAGCGCUGCAUGAGGUUUUAAGAGCCUGAUGUUUGUGUUCAGACCAGGUGCUGCCACAGAACAGCACUGCAUCCCAGGGCAUGUUAUUUCAUCCUGUUUUCUCAUCUGUAAAAUGAGCCUAGGAAUAAUAUUUGCCCCAUAGGGUUGUUCUGAAGUAAAAAGUAAGCCCAGAAUAUAAUACACCCUCGACACGUAUCCCUUGCGAUCAGUGUUACAAAGAUUUUUAGAUAUCUCCCUCAGUCCUCCCAACCAGGCUGUGAAGUCGGCAUUACUGCCCCCUGUUGGAGCACAUUUUAAAACCUCAUUUACAGAGAGCUAAAGUGAUUUAUUCUCUGGUGACUGAGUUGAUUUUAAAAUGAAGUCUAUUUUACUCCCAGUCUCAUGAUCUUUGUAAUAUGCAUUCCCCUCUGCCUACACAUUGGGUUUUUUCUGGCAUGAUGACUUGCCUUCUGUGUGCCCUAGAAAGCAGUUAUACUGUGUAUUUUGAUAAUCAAACCAUUGGACCUAUUUUUCUUAGGUCACAAGGCGUAAUCGAGGCUUCUAGGCUCUUUCUGCCUCCUGCGGUAUUGUCUCACUUCUCAGCAGCCUUGAUUGGAUUUUAGGAAAGGUCCAGCUCACCAGGCACUUGAACCUUGGGACCCCAAGUGCAGAUUCCAGCUAAUGGAAAAGUGACUGCUACGCCCAGGUGGAAACAAAACCAUCCCAGUGAAGGAAAAAGCAGAAGGCGCCAAGGACAGAAAUCACACCUGGAAGAACAUGUUUCUGAAGUGAAAUCUCUCCCUAGGAUUUUAAGGCCAAGAGAGAAUUCCUGAAAGGAGCAUAUUCAAGAGUUACUGGACCAGGGGCUUCCCUGCUGGCGCAGUGGUUGGGAGUCCGCCUGCCGAUGCAGGGGAUGCGGGUUUGUGCCCCCGUCCGGGAGGAUCCCACAUGCCGCAGAGCAGCUGGGCCCGUGAGCCAUGGCCGCUGAGCCUGCGCGUCCGGAGCCUGUGCUCCGCAACAGGAGAGGCCACAACAGUGAGAGGCCCGCGUACCGCAAAAAAAAAAAAAAGUUACUGGACCAGAAUUUUCCUCUCCAGGGUGAGCAGAAUCUGGGUGAUCAUGCUAUAUUCAAAGACCAUUGAUUAUUGUGACUCAGCAAAGCCUCGGUUCAACUUUCAGAAGAAAGAUAGGUUGGUUUCAUUCAAGGACCUGACUGCGGACUUCACCCAGGAGGAGUGGCGGCACCUGGACCAUGCUCAGAGGCUCCUGUAGAGGGAUGUGAUGCUGGAGAACAACCGCAUCUCAGUGGAGUAUCAACGUUAGCAAACCAGAUGUGAUCUUCAGACUGGAGCAAAGAGAAGAACCAUGGACAGUAGAGGAAUUCUCAAGUCAGAACUACUCAGGAAGGGGACGCUGAGACUUAUGGGAAACGGAGUCCCGAAUUUGAUGGAUUACCGGGAGGAGAGCGCAGGGAACUGGCCCCUCACGGCUCCUUCUGCGCAUGUGCAUUUCUCCUCAUUGUUCGCCCGCUCCCUGGUCUCCAGCUUCGCGCGGCAGAUAAUUCCGGAGCCUUCGGGUCUACGCGUUGCUCAGUGAGGGGUCCUGCACGAAGGAUGUGCGCUACAGCUCUGCCUUCACAGUUCUCUGAACUUUUCCAGGAGCAGGAGAAAAUGAACACAACCCAGAUCAUUGUUUUCCCUCCAGCAUCUGGACCCUUUGCUGUUUUCUGUAUGAAGAGAAAGGGAUCGGUGUUGUUCGAGGAUGUAUCAUUGGACUUCACCCAGAAGGAGUGGCAGUUGCUGGACCGUGCUCAGAGGCUCCUGUACAGGGAUGUGAUGCUGGAGAACUACGGGCACCUGGUGUCCCUGGGUCACUGUGUUUCCAAACCUGAGCUGAUACUCAAGUUGGAACAAGAAGAAGAACCGUGGAUAUUAAAGGGACAACUCCCAAGUGAGAGCCACCCAGUCCAAAGAACCAAUAACAUGGAAGAGAUAAACCAAGAAAAUGAAGACAAGUAUUUGAGGCAAGGUUUAUUCAUCAACAACAAAACAUUGACUGAGGAUAGAAAUAAGACCUUCAGAGAAACACUUAAUAUGACCACAAAUCCAGUGCCCUCAAAAAAAAUAUCCCAUCAAUGUGACCCAUUUGUAACAAACUUGAAAAGUGUUUUUGAAUUAGUUAUUAGUAAUAGAAGCAGUGUGAGAAAAAUAUCUAAUGAUUUCAAUGGAUGUGGAUUCCUUACUACUGUGAAUGAGAAAACCCAUACAGGGAACAAGCCCAGUGAAAAUGAUCAAAAGAGGAAAUCCCACAGACAAAUUGAGGACUUUAUUCAGUGUCAGAAGAAUUCAGCUUUGGAGCAAUGUCUUGAAUAUAAUCAUUGUGAGAAAGCUUUUCACAGAAAAACAGUCUUUGUUGCAUGUAAGAGAGCUCAUACAAGAGAGAAACCCUCUGAAGGUAACAAAUAUGGACAAGCCUUCCUCCAAAAGUUAAAGCUUGGUGCUUGUCCAAGAACUCUUAAGGAAAGGAAACCACACGAAUCCAGUAAAAAUAGGAAAUCCUCAUGCUUGAAGUCAAAACGUGCACAUCAGAGAGCUCACUGUGAAUGUAACAAAUUGGGGAAAUCUUUUAGCGAGAAGUCGAACCUUACUCAACAUCAGAGAAUGCACACAGGAGGAAAACCUGAUGAGUAUAACAGAAGUGAGGAAGCCUUGCAGAAGUCAUCCCACACUCAAAAUGAACGAACUGAUACAGAAGAGAAAAUCUAUGACUGUAACCAGUGUGGGAAAUCCUUCCACAAAAAGCCACACCUGACUCAACAUCUGAGAACUCACACAACGGAAAAACCCAGUAAGUGUAAUGAUAGUGAGAAAGCUGUGAAAAAGGAGUCCUGCCUCGCUCUAAAGCAGAGAAUUAACACGAGCAAGAAAAGCUUUAAAGGUAGUAAGUGUGAGAAAUCCUCCCACAAGACGUUGAAACUCAGUCAACAUCAGAGAAUGUGCUUGGGGGAACCAAAUAAUGAGUGUAGUGAAAGUGGGAGGGUCUUAAAUAAGAAAUCACACCUCACUCAAAAUCAGAGGGCUCACAAAGGGAAGAAAACCUGUGACUGUAAUAAAUGUGGGGACAGCUUCCCUAAGAAAACAGACCUUUCUCAACAUCAGAGUGUGCACACAGGAAAAAAGCCCUAUGAAUGUAGUGAAUGUGGGAAGUCCUUUUUUGUAAAGUCCAACCUCACUGAGCAUCAGAGAACUCACACAGGAGAAAAACCCUACAAAUGUCGUGAAUGUGGAAAAUCCUUCUGUCAGAAGUCAGCCCUCACCGUACAUCAGAGAACUCACACGGGAGAGAAACCCUAUAAAUGUAAUGAAUGUGGGAAAACCUUCUGUGUUAAGUCAAACCUUACUCAACAUCAAAGGACCCACACAGGAGAGAAACCCUAUAAGUGUAAUGAAUGCUGGAAAUCUUUCUGCGUGAAAUCCAACCUCAUUGUACAUCAGAGAACUCAUACAGGAGAGAAACCCUACAGAUGUCCCGAAUGUGGGAAAACCUUCUAUGAAAAGUCAGCCCUCACAAAACAUCAGAGAAUUCACACAGGGGAAAAACCCUAUGAAUGUAAUGAAUGUAGAAAAACCUUCAGCCAGAGGUCAGCCCUCACCAAACAUCAAAGAAAAAAACAUAAGAAGAAAACUCCCACCAACACUCUCCACGUGCAGAAGCCAUCCUCUGCAGUUCAUAGCCAUUGAACAUCAGCAAAAUCAUAGGACAGAACCGCUUAGAUGUCAACACAUGUAGGGAAGUCUUUAUCAACAGGUUAGAGCUAAUUGGAAUUACAGAAGUAACAUAGGAGCGAAAUAGGAGCUCUCUAUGUAUGCUUUGAUUGUGUGAAAGCUCUCAAGAACUAUUCAAAAAUAUGGAGGGCAAAUGUAUUAUUUUAAGGGAUAUGGAUAAAAAUGUUCUUGUGGGAAAAUGUUCUUGUGGAAAUAGAAGUCGUAUUUCAGAUGUGAUACCAAACUUGUUACAAAAAAAGAUAAUAAAAUAUUCAGUUCUUAAUAGAAUGUGA